UCCUCUGAUCAUUCUCAUCACCAAUCUCACAACCAAAACAUUAAUUUUCAUUAUUUUUGCUUUAAUCCCCAUCUUCCUAUUAUAAGUUUAUUUAUUCCUCAUUUUCCAAUGGCAAGUCUUGAUCAGGUUGGAGCAGCAGCAGUAGUAGAGCCAACUCCUGCAGCUGCAGUUGAAACCACUCAAGAUGCACCCAAAGAAGAGUCAGAAGUGAGUACUGAAGCACCAGCUGCACCAGAAGUUGCUGCUAAUGAGACUGCUGCUGCACCAGUAAUAGAAGAAAAAAAGGAACCUGUUGCUGAAGCUGUUGUUGAAGAAAAGAAAGAAGAAACUGCAGCAGCUCCUGCUGCUGAAGCUACCACAGAAGUUCCAGUGGAGAAGACUGAAUGAAGUGAAGAUUAUUAUCAUCAAUGAGAUAUAGUGCAGUUUGUUAUUGGUGAAUGAUGAGGUUAUUGUAUUAUGGCUUUGUGUUUUUAUUUGUUUAUUAUCACUAGCAACUUGUCUUCUCACUUUGAUAAAAAGAUGAGAUGAGAUGAGAUUUGAUCUCUCUGCAUUUGAAUAAUAAGAGUUUCACAUCUUUUUUCCACAGUA